AGCGAGCAAAAUCUUGAAGAAUUAGCAGCAAAAUAACCAGAGACCCAAUUUCGAGAAAGAGAAGAAAACCAGAAAAUGGCUUUCUCUUCAAACUCGCUCCGCGUUCUUGGUUCACUACUACACAGAUCCUCCUACUCAUUCACUCUCCAAAGUAAACCCCACCCUCUUCCCACAAGUACUGUGGUUUUGAAUUCGAAACAACUGUCAUCGUCUUUCUGGUACUCAUCUUCUGAGAAAUGGGUGCCCCAGUUUCACCUCCAAUCUGGGAAUUCUGCGAGAAAGAUUUGGACUUGUACGCCACUGUGUAUGGGUAGGCGCUCCUGCAAAAUUGCUGGGAGAAAGACAGCGCAGGAUGCGAAGAAAGCAAAAUUAUAUUCAAAAAUCGGGAAGGAAGUUGUGUCCGCGGUAAAGAAAGGUGGCGCCAGUCCUAUAUCUAACACAACUUUGGCUAAUUUGCUUGAGAAAGUUAAGGAGCUUGAUGUGCCUAAGGAUAUUGUGGAGAGAAACAUUAAGAGAGCUUCAGAGAAGGGGCAAGAGGCUUACAUUGAGAAAGUUUAUGAGGUAUACGGAUACGGAGGAGUUGGGAUCAUAGUUGAGGUGUUGACAGACAAAGUGAACCGGUCAAUAGCACUCAUUAGAGAGGUGGUUAAGGAUUGUGGGGCAAAAAUGGCAGAUUCAGGGUCAAUUAUGUUCAAGUUCAGAAGGGCCCGCGUGGCUAAUGUGAAAGUCAGUGAUGUUGAGAGGGAUCAACUCCUUAGUAUUGCCUUAGACGCUGGCGCUGAAGAUGUCAUUGAGCCUUCAAUGGACGAGGAUGAUACCGAAGAGGAUAUGUCAAGGUGUUACAAAGUUGUGAGCUCAAAUGAGAACUAUUCGGCAAUUUUAUCAAAGCUACGCGAGGAGGGAAUAAAGUUCGAACCUGAUAAUGGUUCUGAACUUCUCCCUCUCACCCCGAUUGAGGUAGAUGAUGAGGCCAUGGACUUGAACAAAGAACUUAUGGCAAAACUACUUGAGCUAGAUGACGUUGAUGCCGUCUAUACAGAUCAGAAGUAUUAGCUUCCUAGAAAUAUGGUUUGAUCAAAUUUUGUGAGAGUGCUUUAUUCCUUAUAUGUUACUAAACAUGUUACUGAUUUACAAUCUCCGUCCUAGAGUAUUCGUCUAGUUUGAGGUUUUUGAGUCAAACUGGACAGACAUGGAUCAUUAAUUAAAUAAAAAUUGCAUUGCAUAUUUGUACAAUGAUGAUUUCAUUAGAUUUAGCUUGCAAAAAAAUUACAAAUAAUUACUCGAUUCAUAAUUAUUGAUGAUUAGAGUUCGUUCAGCACGACUCGAUACAGUCAAAGUGGAUGAAUACUCUAGGGCGGACAGAGUAUACAUGAUUAUUUUAGAAUACAAGCAUUGCACAAUGGUAGAAGCUUUAAUUUCAAGAACUGAUCAAAUGUAGCUCCAU